AUGAAGCACUUCUUGUACGCAUUUUCACAAACAGCUGGUGCGCGUGAACACAGGAUAAAAGUACCAAUCCACAGAAUUGAAAUCUUGAAGAAUAUCAACAAGUUAAGAUCUUUUGACAAAUCUGUGGAUGAAAUUUCCUAUACAAAUAAACCUUCACAGCCUUAUCGGCAUUGCCACGUGGGGUUCUUUAUCGACUACGUAUUUGAUGAUCUGGAACCACCAAUGGCGCUGAUAGCGCCACCUCCUGCCGCCAAAUUCUUUCCAAAACUAAUCCACCGGUCAAAAUCCGUACCAUCUCACCUCUACACCGAACAGCGGCGGGUUAUACAGACAAAAACGAGUAUAAAAACUGCCCACCACCACCUCAAAAGACAUGCGUUGCGAAUUGUCAACGCGGCGGUGGAAGGCGGUGGGCAGGCAAGAAUUUUGUUGUCGGACGUGGUGGUGAAGCGGCCGAAAGAGGUGUAUAGGGGUAGGAAAUGGAAUGCCAUGGACUUGACGACGGCGGGAGUGGUGGUGGCGAUGCAUUUGCUAUGUGGUUUCGCUCCCUUUACAUUCAGUUGGGGAGCUUUAUCGGUAGCGGUGGCGUUGUACGUGGUGACUGGGCUUUUGGGUAUUACUCUCUCCUUCCACAGAAAUCUCUCUCACAGAAGCUUCAAGCUCCCGAAAUGGCUUGAAUACACGUUCGCUUAUUGCGGGGUCCAUGCUCUUCAGGGAAACCCAAUAGAUUGGGUGAGCACACAUAGGUAUCAUCAUCAAUAUUGUGAUUCGGAGAAAGAUCCACAUAGCCCGAUUGAAGGAUUUUGGUUCAGUCAUAUGAGUUGGUUGUUUGAUACCGACAACGUUACAAAAAGGUGUGGAGAGCCAAACAAUGUUGGAGAUUUAGAGAAACAACCAUUUUAUAGGUUUCUUAGAAGAACUUAUGUCGUACAUCCAGUAGCACUCGCCCUUGUUCUAUAUGCACUCGGGGGAUUUCCUUUUAUUGUAUGGGGAAUGGGUGUGAGGAUAGUUUGGGUGUACCACAUUACAUGGCUAGUGAACUCGGCUUGUCAUGUAUGGGGACAACAAGCAUGGAACACUGGAGACCUUUCGCGAAACAAUUGGUGGGUGGGAAUACUAGCAUUUGGAGAAGGAUGGCACAACAAUCACCAUGCAUUUGAAUACUCAGCAAAACAUGGAUUAGAAUGGUGGCAGAUCGAUAUGACAUGGCUGCAGCCGUUUGUUCCACCUCUUCUACUACAGAGGAUUGCAGAGGUGGUCUGCAGACUUCAUGAAUUUUCGUUUCGAAAAAACAAACAGCACCUAAGAGUUUAA